AUGACGGCGAGGGCCGCACCGGAGAGCCCGCCAACUCUCGCCAACGGCACAGAAGGCCUGGCCGGAGUUGUGAUAGCUGCAGAUCACGAAAGAGUGCGGUUCUGGCUUCCAUUGAUCCUGGAUCUAGUAACGUUGACCUUUUGGCUUCGCAUCUGCUGCUCAGUCCGGUGCGAUGGUCCGUAUAUGGAGAACAAGAUCUGCUCGAACUGUGCCGCUUUCGGGACCGAGUGCGCAUACUUGGCGCCGCCGCAGAAACGAGGGCCCAAGGAUAGGCUGGUGGACGAACUAAGGAAGAAGAUCGCGUCGCUGGAGUCUAAAUUACGCUCUCAGUCUAUCUGUUCUCUUUGCGCCCAGCCUCUGCAACACCGGGUUUCGAACCACUCAAGUCCCGAUUCUUCUUCCAGCGACUCCGUGUUUGUUGAAGACAGGAGAGACAAAGAGAAUAUAGAGGUCACUUCGGUGGAGAAGGACCCGCCUGUGGAGGAGGACUUUGAAGGCGAAGAAUUGGCGAAGCGCCUGGAACAGUUCUCCAUCUCGGAGAUGUCGCUUAUGAACAAUAAGUUCUAUGGGGCCUCCAGCUGCUUCAGCUUGGCGCAUACGGCAAUGAAGGCUGUCGAGACGUACUUUGGACAGACAUUCAUCGCCACUGACCAGCGUCCUCAAUUCUACACUCUGCCUCCGUGGGAAGCCGUCACCAGAGCUCAGAUGCCACAGUACAUGUAUCCAGAGCAAGAUAUGAUCGCGAGACUAGUCCACUUGUACUUCGCUUUCGUCCACCCCACACUGCCCAUUCUGCAUCGACCGUCUUUCGAGCACUGUGUCUCUCAGGGGCUUCACUUCAGAAACAAGGAUUUCGGGGCCUUGUUGUUGACUGUUUUAGCUCUAGCAUCGAGGUACUCGGAUGACCCGCGUGUUCUCAGUGACGGUCGAUCAACCCUGUCGUCCGGGUGGAGAUUUGCGAAUCAGGUGAACAUGCACGGAAUGUGGGAGCCCACGAUCUACGGAGUCCAAUAUUUAGCCCUCAUGACGGUCUACAUCCGAGGGACGACAGUGUUUGUGUUGGACCAGACUCUGUCUACCCACAUCGGACGUCCAGCCGGCUUUCAUGUUGAAGAAUACGACACAGAUCUUCCGUUGGAAGUAGACGAUGAGUAUUGGGAAGACGACUUUCAGCAACCGCCGGACAAGCCUGCGUCUUAUUCCUUUUUCGUGCACUAUAUCCGGUUGUGCGAGAUCCUGGGGGAUGCCUUGAGACGGCUAUACGGGUCGCGCAAGUCGAAGCUCCUGAUGGGGUGGAACGGACCCGAAUGGGAAGAAGACGUUGUCAAGAGCCUCGAUUCGCAGAUCAAUGCAUGGUUGUCCGCCGUGCCGACACAUCUCCGUUGGAAGACGGAGAACGUCCCCAAAGAUCAGACGACAUUCGACCAAGCCGCGCUGCUCUAUGCCCAGUACAACUAUGUGCAGAUUGUGAUCCACCGGCCGUUUAUCAAGAGAGACAACCCUCUCGCUGCUCCCUCGCUUUCGAUCUGUGUUGGUGCCGCGCGCUGCAUAAUCCAAACUGCCGAAGCGUGGUUGCAGCGGCUGCAGGUCAUGCCGUCACAGACGAUGAUCAGCCCGAAGACUUCGGUGAUUGUAGCUUCUUUGGUGCUGGUCCUCAAUAUGUUUGGGUCUCGGAAAGCUGGUCCCGCAAGCUCCAGGGAUUUUGUGCAAGUGGAAGCGGCACAGAGGUUCAUGAAGUUUGCAGAAGCACGAAAUCAAUCCGCUGGCCGUUUAUGGGAGAUUCUAGAGUCUCUGAAGAUAUAUAUACCCCACUCCAACAAUCAGGAAUCGGCUGGAUGUCCGGCCGACAGCGCUGUUGCUAGCUCUGAAUUCGAGUUCCAAUACGGCAUGUCCAUCGAGCAGCUUCUGCAGGAUAAUCUGUGGUCGCACACCGAAACUUCGAGCGACCUCGCGAUGAACGACGAUUUCAUGUCCAUGUGGACGCUGUCCGAUUUCGCUGGGAUGGAACCCAUGAGUGAUUCAAACAAGUGGGAUCCCGCUUUUCUCGACAACUUCUGAGCGGCAUUAUUGUAUGUACUGAGCUCGAUCGUCGCACAUCACGCCAAGAAUAGAUGACAUGAACGGACAAGACAAGACUGUCGAGCGUCGUUGACUGACAGGCGAAACUGUGUGAAUACUCCGCAGUGGCAGACAGAGACAAUACUGUCGCAGGUGAGCAAUGCUGCACAUGGGGCCAUCGGUCAAGUCGUCCUCUGUCAGCGUCAGUGUCAACUACACCACCAGCUGAUCGGCUCUGACGCCCCGCCACCACGCGUCGCGCAGUGACCGCCCCUAAUUCAAGGAACAAAAUGAUCCCAUCACCAGCGGGCCGUCUAUUAGCGACGCUCAAAUCUCCAUCUUAGACCUGACCUCCCACGUUUGUGUAACGUGUUUGAAAUCGAAUUGUUCUUACCAAUCGGAGACUCUGCACGUUUACCGGCAUCGGGACAGGUAUAAGUCCCACCCGCUCCAGAAGAUGACCGUGUCUACGUCGAACGCCCCCGCUCUCCCGCACGAUGCGCAGUGGUUUAGUUGUCGCCCUGCUCGCAGCCUCCACCUCCGCGUCUGCUGCGAUUGGCCCAUCAUUUGAGCGCUGUCCGGCCGAUUUCGAGCUCGUGCGCCGCGGUCAAUCCAUCAGCUCCACCGAAAAACACUACGCCCAAAAACGGCUCGAGAAGGUGGCCCACACCGGGGCGUUCAAGACCUAUCUCAAAAACGUCCAAGGCACGGGGGUGCACCUCCCACAGUACUUGACGGAGAUCUUGGAAUCUGAGCACCGACAUGAGCUGCCUACGGUUGGGAUCAGCACUAGUGGCGGAGGAUAUCGAGCAAGUAUCUUCGGUGCCGGUGUCUUGAACGCGCUCGAUGGCAGGAACGCGUCUGCUGCGAAGAAGGGCACUGGAGGGCUGCUGCAGGCCGCGACCCACAUCUCGGGCUUGAGUGGAGGAUCAUGGCUUGUCACGUCGCUUGCGCAGGCCAACUUCCCCACGAUCCAGCACCUGAUCUUCGGCGACGGCAAGAAGCAAGACUACGCCGGAUGGCUCUUCCAGGAGGGACUGGUGACUGCCAACAACGCGUCCGACCAGCCAGCCUUGAUCCGGCAGAUUUUGGACGAGAUCGCUGUCAAGGCGAGAUCGUUCCCUGUCUCAUUCGGAGACAUCUGGGGACGGGGGCUUGCCCGCCACUUCACCAAUGGCACCCUUGCCGACAACUAUUUCGGCCCGGGAUCCCAUGGCUCGAACAUCCUGUUCUCGGAUCUGAUGAACUUGCCGACCUUCAAAGCCCAUGAACAGCCUCUUCCCAUCAUCACUGUCAACCUCGUCUCCAAGCAUAUCAACGGCACCAUCUUCCCGGGCGGGAAUUUUGUUCCGCUGAACACUCCGAUGUUCGAAUACAAUCUGUUCGAGUUUGGCAGUUAUGACGACGUUCUGGCUGCCCACACGCCUCUGAAACACAUCGGAUCUACGAACGAAACUCUCUGCGCGGUAGGCUUUGACCAAGCCAUGUUCCUGUCCGGGACGUCAUCUAAUCUCUGGAACGAAUUCAAUGUGACGGCAGCCACCUUAGCCGCGGCCACUGGCAACUUGACGACCAUUUUGAACGCCACAUUCCCGCAGCCCCAUACGCUCCGCCUCGACACGAGCAACUACCCGAACCCGUUUCACGGCGUUGCCCCCGAGACAUUUGCCGACUCGCAUGAGACGGUGCUCGCGCUCUGCGAUGGGGGAGAGGACGGCCAAGUCUCGCCUCUGCAGCCCAUGCUUGUCAAGGACCGCAAGGUCGACGUCAUCGUCGAGAUCGACGCUGUCAGCGACAACAUAGGGUAUGCCCAGGGCGCCUCGCUCAUUGCUACGCAAGAGCGAAUGCAGAUGUUCUCUCGGGGCCUUGCUCGGUUCCCUGCUGUCCCAAACACGACAGACACAUUCUUGGCAGAGGGCCUGACCAGCCGACCGACGUUCUUCGGAUGCGACGAGACUGCGGGGCCGCUGUUGGUCUACAUCGCCAACGGCGCGCCCCCUCGCGACGGGUCGGCACCCCUGACCAACACGACCACGGGCCAAGGAAUUUACACAGAGCCAGAAAUUCAGGGGAUGCUCCAGCAGACUUUCACUGUCGCAACCCA